CUCAUUUUGGUAUAUCAAAACGCUUUUUAUCUGGUAAGAUCUGGCAACACAGCCACUGAGCGCUAACAUAUGGGGGGAAACUGGAACGUGGACAGUGUGUGAAUAUUUUGGUUCUACAAUAUUGCAUCUAUUACAAAUAUUACAUCUAUUUUGAAAAUACAAAUACUUCACAGUGCUGCUGGUAGAGAAUUUCUCGUCACAAUAUCUGUAUUGCGUCGUUUCUUCUUCCGUCUUUCGUUUUACCGGACUGUUCCUACAUGACAAAAUACAAUAUUUAUUUGACUAAACAGCGAAGUGGCAGUCGAGCGCAUAAGUUACUUGUUUACGGCGACAGAAGAGUCGGUUGUUGUUUUCCACUCUGCGGCAUUCCCCGGGGAACGAAACUUCACCGCUGUUGCACGCUAGCGUAUUUCUCUAUUACACUUUCUUAUGUAAACCUGCUUCUAAAACCCAAAACCAUGGUGUUCAAGUGCUGCGUUAGCUCUUAAACACCGGCAGUACACUGUGGUAUUGUAAUUAGAUUUCAAGCUGUAUCGCGACAGAUGUCAGAGCGUCAUUAGUCGUCAUGGUGACAUGCGGUCUAACGUUAAUGCCGCAGUGUGUCCUGCCAGGCUUUGUUCAAGCUCGAUAGUCGAAGGGACGCUGUAACCCUCGGACAAAUGUAUGGGAAAGUUUAGUUCUCCUGCUAAUGUGACAGCUUGCUGGGUUGUUUACUUGACAUUUUCUGGAAAUGUCCAAGACACGCGAAGUGUUACUUGUAGGGGAAGGCAACUUCUCUUUCUCGGCGGCUUUGAGCGAGAACUCAGGCGACGACGUCGGGGUGACCGCCACGAGCUUUCAAAGCGAGAACCAGACGUACAAACAGCAGGGAGCUGUCCUGAAUAUACAGAGACUCCGUGACAGAGGAUCAGUUGUUCUGUUUGAGGUGGAUUGCUCAUGCCUAAAGGAGCAUGAAGCCAUUCAGGAUCAUCUCUUUGACUGCAUUAUCUUCAAUUUCCCUCACUUUGGGCGUAAAAGUGGAGUAAAGAAGAACCGCAUCCUGUUGGUGAAGUUUUUCCAGAAUGCCGUUGCAGUCCUGAAGGACAAUGGUGAAGUGCAUGUGACCUUGUGCAAUGGCCAAGGCGGCACUCCGUGUGACAGUCCAAUGAGAGAAUGGCACAAUAGUUGGCAGGUGGUUGCCAUGGCAGCAGAAGCAGGACUAAUUCUCAGUGAAAUCCGUCCCUUUGACUGUGAAGCAUAUCAAGGUUACUGAUGUACUGGUUACAGGAGUCAAGACAAAGGUUUCCAAGUAGAGGAAGCUCUCACCCACAUCUUCACUCGGAGUCUCCCGCACACCAUGCCAGAGAAACUGAAAAUGGAGAAAACCAAUGGGAAGGAGACAGUUUGUUUUGAGCUUCCGGCAGAGUUGAGUAAUUAUAUCAACAGGGAUUUCCUUGUGCAGCAGUCACAUCAUCCAGUGAAAACUGUCCAGGAGCAGUUACUUAGAGAGCUAAAGUCAAUCUGGCCUGUGUGCACUAUGAAUGAGGACUUCCCAGAACUGGUAAGCUGCCUACCAGAAACACCAGAGGCAUGUGACUCCACCCUGACCUACUCCGAGGUCUAUUGGAUUAAACCUACUGACACCUAUAUAUUUGACCAAAGUGAAAAUGAGCAAAACAACUGUGAGUCUAUGGAUGACCAACAAAGCUUUGCUGGCAGCUAUGCACUUCGACCGUCUCUGUUGUUGCAUGUCCAAGAGAUUACCCAGAAUGAAGACUUCAGUCCUGGUACUCUUCACGCAGUCAGUGGCCUGGUCUUUCAGAGAGUGCCCAUCUCCCUGCGCCGUUCUCCUGCAUUUCACCAGCUUCUGUUGGUGGGAAUGUUCCCUGCAGAAUCCCAUCCUGUCCAGUGCUUCCAAGAUUGUUUGGAGUCACUGUUUGCUUCUUAUGGCGUCUCUUUCGAGGAGGCACAAACAGGCCUAGAGCAGCAAGUUUGGAUGAAUUCAAAGAUGCUUUCCAAAUUUGGGCGGAUUGCGUAUCUGCCUUCCUUUUCCUCAGCCCUCGAUGAAGGUUUGCAGUUAAUCGCGGUCUCAAUAAACUUGGAUCAUUUAGCUACCUUGAUUUUUGGCAUUUCUGAUUGGCGCUUACUUUGGAGCGCCGAUCCUCGGUUUCUUAAGCAUUUCGAGCUUAAUCCUCUUGGACCUUUCAGUCCUUUCUCCCUUUACCCACCAAGCUACUUGCAUGAUAUCAGUUUCUGGAUUGAACCAGAAAGCUAUGAUGAACUGGACUUCCAUGCACUUGUGCGAGAGGUGUCUUGCGGUGCUGUUAAGGAUAUGGCAUUAGUGGAUCGCUUCAGACACCCACACAUGGGUCAUGCAAGCCUCUGCUAUAGGCUGACUUAUCAGUCGCCGGAUCGGGCCCUCUCACACAGCCAGGCAUUGGGACUGCAGAAUCAGCUGCGGAGACUGUUACCGCUGCGUCUGCAGAUCACACUGAGGUGACUGAAGAGGUUUAAGCAGCAGUGGAUCAAAUUGAUAAAUAAUCUCAGAUUUAAAAUUUUAAUGAUGAAGGUUUACUUUAUAGAGCAAAUGAUAGUCUGUUUAUUUUGACUGAUUUGUUAUGCAGUUUUUUUUUAUAAAUAAAAGAGGUUAAAUUUGAGCAAAUACAAAGGGUGUUAUACCCAUUUAUUUAAAACUGACAUAUCAACUUAUUUGAACUAAAGGGAUUUUUUGUUGCCGUGUUUGAAAUUCUAUCAUGUUUACAUAUUGCUUGUUUCGCUAAUUAAUCAAAAUUUUACAUUAUAAAUAUUGUGGGUUUAUUAAGUUAUCCAAGAAAUGUUUACAGAUUUCAGUAGGACUGUGUUAGCUUUCCUUGUUGUUUAGUAAAUUGCAAUGAGAAAAAAAAGAAAAUAUUAUAAAUUGCAUUCCCUCCUAUGUAAAAUUAAUUAUAUGCAUGUUUAGGGAUGUAUUCAGUUAAGUAACUUAGAGAUGCACAACUGCAAAUCAUUUCAUCUUAUACAUAAAAUUUUUUUUUAAAAUAUUUUUCUAUUUUCUUUGUAUGGCACAUAAUGUAUGUUUACAUUAUCUAUGAAGCUGCAUUUGAUAGUGUGAUAUUUCGGGAAUGUCUAUGAUUUUGUUUAUGAUCAUGAGUACAUUUUUAUAUUGCUAUAUGUUAUUUAUGCUAUAUAUGCUGU